UCUUUUUAAUAAUUUUUCAAAAUUAUACACUCAAUAACGCAGUUGGUACAAAGAGAUUGGAAAAAUGUUCAUCAGCAUAUAUAAAAUGAAUUUUAAGUAACAUAGAUAUAAAAGACUUGCAAACUCAUAAUGAGAUUAAACAUUAAAAAAAGAAAUAAUAAGAAAAAAAAUAUAUAAACAAAAAACCCCAAAAGAAAAAGACAAAAAAUCCCCCCAAAAAAACGCAAAACAGGGCUACACCAACAGCUUGUAUAAGCUAGCGCAUUCAAUAAUGUCGUUAACGCCACUCCUCUCAUCAUAUAAUUUGUUUAGAAAAAAGAUUUGGAAAGGUCAGAUUACAUCAUAUGAAAAUAUUGCAUAAAAGGUUUCCAAGUUUCUUCAAAUUUAACCGAAGGGUCAAAAAUACCACUUCUAAUUUUCUCUAAAUUUAAACUUAACAUGGUUUGAGAAAACAAUUGGAAUGUAAUUGGAGGAUUAGUUUCCUUCCAGUUCAACAAAAUAGAUCUUCUCGCCAUUAAAGUAACUAUCAUUCAACAGGCUGAAGAAGACAAAGAUCUAUGUUCUACCAUUGGCAAUCCAAAGAUUGCCGUAAUAGGAUGAGGUUUUAAAUCGAAGCAUAGAACUGUUGAAAUAAUAUCAAAAAUGUCUUUCCAAUAUUUUUCCAAAAGAGGACAGGACCAAAACAUAUGAGUUAAAGAAACCACUUCAGAGUGACGUCUAUCACAAGUAGGGUUUAUAUGGGAAUAAAAACGAGCUAGUUUAUCUUUGGACAUAUGAGCUCUGUGUACUACUUUAAAUUGUAUUAAUGUAUGUUUAGCACAUAUAGAAGAAGUACUAAGUAAUUGAAAAAUUUUUUCCCGUUUCUCUAUAGGUAGGGAAAGUUGAAGUUCCCUUUCCCAUUCAUUUUUGAUUUUAUCAGAUAUAUCUGGCUGUAAUUUCAUAAUUAUAUCAUAAAUUAUUGCUAUUAAUCCCUUCUGCAAAGGAUUAAAACCUAAAAAUUUAUCAAAAAUGCCAGAAGGAUAACAGCGUCUUUUAAGAGCUUAGGAAAAUAAGAGGGCUAUGCACGAGGAAAAUUAUAAGCAGUCUCUGGAGUAGGUUACAUGGUUGGCACAACAUUGUGGGCCGAAAGGCCUGUAAUGUACUGUAAAUUUCUAUAUUCUAAGAUACAUUUUGAGCACUUCCCUCUGCCUCAUAUCUAAAAGAAAUAUUUAUCAUUUACGUUUCUCCAACUGUCUACAUUGUACUUCUACAUCUGUCAUUAUGUUGAUCACUCAUAUGGCUUGUCUACAUACUCCUACAUGUUUGCACCCCCUCGCCAGUCAAACAUUGAAUUCUUGCCAUCAGCAAGUGUAUCGUCAGACCACUCACGCCUGUCGUUGAUAUAGGGUAUGAUGUAGUCUAUGUUGGUUCCAGGAUUACUAAAGACUCUUGUAAUCAAAGGGGAAUUGUAAGUGGAUCUAAAAUAGGUUUUGUGUCAGAGGCGUGACUGUCAACAGUUCUGAGAAAACAAAACACUUAAAGAGCACUGUAGGCCAGGCAGCGUCUGCAAAGAGAAAUAAGUAGUCGAUGCUUUGGGUAGAAACCCUUCAUAAGGACAAUCCUGAAGAAGGGUCACGGCUGGAAAUGUUGUCUGUUCGUUUCCCCUCCAUAAAUGCUGCCUGACCCACUGAGUUCCCUUCCUCUAGUUUCUUGGACCUGCAGCCUCUCUGGUGUCAGCCACAUGAAACAUUCUCUCUCCACAGAAGCUGCCUGACCCGUUUAUUUAAGUUUUCAGCAGCUGCAGAUUCUUCCCUUUGAACUGUUGACGGGGGUUUUCGACCGGAAAUGCUGGUCCCUGUUUCCCUCUUCACCGAAGCCGCCUGACCUGCUGAAUGUUUAGGAUCUGGCAGGCCGUUCGCAGCGGGGUUCCCUCGCCUCCUGCGGUGCGCAGCGACGUUUAAACUCAAGUCACAUUCAUUCGAUUCGCAGCGUGGCCGAGACAUUCACCCGAGCCGCCUGCCCGCUCGCAAGGCGAACUCUAGCGGUCUGCGGGCUGCCUGCGUACCACGCCACGGCUUGCUGCGGUCAUCGACGUCACCCUCGCCCUGUGCUCCUUUGAGCUGUACGUCACGUUCUCGGUUGCUUGGCGGCGCAAAGCAGGCCCGGAGCUGGAGCUGAAGCCGAGGCCUCGGGCGUGGGGAUAGGAGGCCCUCCUACUGCGGGAGUCCCGGAAACACUCUCUCCGUCCCUCCCUAUCCGCCCCGCCGUCGGUAGAACUCAGCGCGCCCAUGGCCCCCAAGCAGCAGCUGGAGAAGGCGGCCUGGCAGUGGGCGGAGAGCGUCAGGCCGGAGGAGGUGCAGCAGGAACACGUCGAGCUGGCGUACCGCAUCCGCCUGGGAUCGUGCCGGAGGGACGCCCGCAGACGCAACUGUAGAGGCAAUCCCAACUGCUUAGUGGGUCUCGGUGAACAUGUAUGGCUGGGGGAAAUUGAUGAAAAUAGCUUCCACAACAUUGAUGACCCUAAUUCUGAAAGGAGAUGCAAGAAUGCUUUUGUAGGCCUAACUAAUCUUGGAGCUACUUGUUAUGUCAACACCCUGCUUCAGGUUUGGUUUCAUAACCUUGAAUUACGACAAGCACUGUAUCUCUGCCAUAGUCCUCAAAAGGAGACAGUGUUGGGACAAGGGAUUGAGGAAGAUGCGGAUUUUGAACCACAGUCCAUCUGUGAGCACCUUCAGUACUUAUUUGCUUUGCUUCAGAGCAGCAAUAGACGAUAUAUUGAUCCUUCUGGAUUUGUAAAAGCAUUGGGCCUGGAUACGGGACAGCAACAGGAUGCCCAAGAAUUUUCCAAGCUUUUUAUGUCCCUAUUAGAAGACACAUUAUCAAAACAGAACAAUCCAGAUGUACAGAAUAUUAUCCAGCAACAAUUCUGUGGACAGUAUGCAUAUGUCACAGUGUGUAAUCAGUGUGGCCGUGAGUCUAAGCUGUUAUCCCGUUUUUAUGAACUGGAGUUAAAUAUCCAAGGACAUAAGCAGCUGACAGAUUGCAUUGAUGAGUUUCUGAAGGAAGAAAAGUUGGAGGGGGACAAUAGGUAUUUUUGUGAUGAAUGUCAAGAUAAACAGAAUGCCACCAGAAAAAUUAAACUUCUCAGCCUUCCAAGAACCCUCAAUUUGCAGCUUUUGAGGUUUGUCUUUGACAGGCAAACUGGUCAUAAGAAAAAACUAAACUCCUACAUCAGUUUUCCUGAAGUUUUAGACUUAACUACAUAUCUUGAAAGGAAAGAUAUUGGCUGUGUUUAUGAGUUAAGUGCAGUGCUGAUCCACAGAGGGGUGAGUGCAUAUUCCGGCCAUUACAUUGCACACGUACGAGAUGACAGGACUGGCGACUGGUAUAAAUUUAAUGAUGAGGAGAUUGAGAAAAUGGAAGGAAAGAAGCUGCAGUUGGGAAUAGAGGAAGAUCUUGCAGAGCCUUCGAAAUCACAGGCACGCAAACCUAAAUGUGUUAAAGGUGUCCACUGUUCAAGAAACGCUUACAUGUUGGUGUACAGACGGAAGGUGGAAGUAUGCAAUGAAAAGGAAAUAAGUGUUCAACUCCCAUCACAUCUACAGAAAAUGGUUGAACGUGACAACAAAAAAUUUGAAGAAUGGUGCAUGGAAAUGGCUGAGAUGAGGAAGCAGAGUGUAGACAAGGGCAAAGCCAAGCACGAGGAAGUGCAAGAACUCUUUAACAUGUUACCAGCAAAAGAAGGAGAGCAUUAUGAAUUUCUACCAGUAGACUGGCUACGAAAAUGGCUGGAUGACUCUGCAGCAACAAAGCCAAUUGAUAAUUCUCAGCAGUUAUGUGCACAUAACAGAUUGACUCCUGAUAAAAUUUGUGAUGUUAAAAGGAUUUCUCAGAAGGCAGCUGACAUCUUCUAUGCCAGAUAUGGAGGUGGCCCCAGAUUAGAUGCUUCUGCUUUAUGUAGAGAUUGUGUCAUGGAGAAAUGUAGGAUACUUAGAUUAAAGAAUCAAUUAAAUGAAGAUUACAAGAUUAUCUCCAACCUAACUCGAAUCACAUUACAAAGCCAUGAAGGAUACUGGGUGGGGAAAACUUCACUUCGGAGCUGGCGCCAACUAGCACUUGAUCAGCUGGAUGGAAAGGAAAAUGAUUCCAAUCGCACUAAUGGGAAAAGCAAUGGUGAAGGUCCAAACAAUUUGCAUGCCAAAGGAGAUGAUGAAGUAACAGGAGAGAAAGAAGAAAGCGAGGACCUGAAUUUCAAUGAAGACCUUGUCUGUCCACAUGGAGACUUAUGCACGUCUGAAAGUGAAAGAAGACUUGUCUCUGAUGAAACAUGGCAUAGACUAAAGGCUUAUUUCCCCAAAUCACCAGAAUUCAUACAUUAUCACUCACCUUGUGUUCAGUGUCAGGUGUUAGAAAAGGAAGGCGAGGAGAAUGAGACCCUGAGCAAAAUGAUGGCCAAUGAGCAGAAAUCAGCACUUCUGUGUCUUUUUCAAGAUAAAAAUAGACCACUCAUUAUCAAAUGGCCUGAGGAAACUGAUGUUCUUUAUGUUGUUUCCCAGUUUUUUGUUGAAGAAUGGAAGAAGUUUAUCAGGAAGCCAACGAAAUGCAGUCCUGUAUCGUCUGUAGGCAACAAUGCACUUCUCUGUCCGCAUGGAGGCCUCAUGUUUACGGCAGAGUCAAUGACCAAAGAGGAUUCAAAACAUGUAGCUCUGAUAUGGCCAAGUGAAUGGGACAUCAUCCACAAAUUAUUUGUUGUUGAUAACACAAUUAAAGUCAUUCGACUGAGAAAAACUGGAGAAACUGGAACCGUACAAUUGGAAUAUAGUACUAGUCCUGGUCUGUGUGGAGAAUGUCGAGAAGGACUGCUUUGCCAACAACAGCGAGAUUUAAGAGAGUAUACUCAGGCCACCAUAUAUAUCCGUAAAGUGGUAGAGAGUAUAAAGGUAAUGAAAGAAGGUGCACCAGAGCUAAACCUGAGUGGUUCUGAGGUUGAGGAAGACAGAGAGGAAGGCAAAACAGAAGGAGAGAAGGAUCCUGAUUUCAGCCAGAGUAAUGGAGCAAAGCGGCGGAAAUUGAUGCACCCUUGUAUUGGUGGUGGCAGUAGCACGUACUAUAAACAGGGAAUUCGACGCAGUACACGGCAUAGAGUUCGUGGGGAAAAGGAGCUCAUUGUGUCAGCCAAUCAGACUCUCAAGGAGUUGAAAAUACAGAUCAUGCAUGCAUUUUCUGUCGCACCGUUUGAUCAGAACUUGUCAUUGAAAGGACGGAUGCUAACUGAUGAUACUGCCACACUGGGCAACCUGGGAGUAAUCCCAGAGUCAGUUAUUCUACUAAAGGCUGAUGAACCAAUUGCUGAUUAUACAGCAAUGGAUGAUAUAAUGCAAGUGUGUAUGCCUGAAGAGGGUUUUAAAGGUACUGGUCUGUUGGGCCACUGAAGUGAUGACACCUGCUUGCUGAAGCUAACUGAAUGGAAGUUGGAAGUGGGAAAAGUAUGUGGGUAAAAUCACUUGGACAUUGCACUGGGCAUAUGCACACUGACUUGGUUUAUACUUUUAAAAAGAAAUGACCAGUCUUUAAAUUUGCUUGCAACUCCUGCCUUUAUAUGCAAAAGUGCAGUGUCUUGAAUGUGGCUCAAAGGGCGAUAGAGGAAAGUAAAUCACUUAAUAUGCUGCCUUGGCAUAGGAUGAUGGCCAGAUAAUUGACUAAUAUCAGGGGAAAGAUGUUCCUCUCAGUUCACUGUGUCUAAAAAUGUGUUUGAAACAUAAGUGGUUUCUUGAUGGCUAAUGUAUCCCAGCAGCUUGAAGUAAAGUUCCCUCCACGGGCACUUAUAACUGUUGGUUUUGUUAUUGGCCACUUGACCAGUAAUGACUUUUUUUGUGUGAUCCCACCACACAAUCGAUUUUGCUUAGAAUGACACACCAAAUUGACCUUAAAAUUGUGUAAUAUCAAGUUAAUUUCUGUAAUAAAUAUCAGAUUAACACAUCAGAGCUGCAUUUCAGAAUGUAAUAUGCAAAAAUAAGAUGAAUAGGUUUAAUAUUCUACAAGUAUGAAAGAGAUCCUCACAUUUGCAACUUAAGCUGUGUACACAGUGGAGUAGUUGCCUGCAUUAUUACAUAAGUAAUGUCUCCUAAUGUGUUCAAGUAAUAUUGUACUAGGACCACUGAAGUGCUGUAAAUAAAUGCAAUGCUUCCUGAUUUAAUACAUUUUACUGUUUUGUUUUCUUUUGAUACAACAUUUGCUUGAAAAGGAAUUGAAUGUGUGCUACAGUGGGUUUUUUUUUCCAAAUCCUGUUAAAAGGGUUGUACAAACUGCGUUUAUUGUAGAAAUGCUGUGGUAAGAAUGACAAAUCCACUAGAGUUGUUAUAUUGCUUAACUUUACUGUAAUAAAAUAAAAGAAGAGAUGGUUGCAGAAAAUGUGAUUUAUUUUUUAAGAUUAAGCCUGAAGAUGUUGAGGCACUGACCAGACCCGCCUAUAUAUUUUAAUAUUGAAUACAUAAUGAGUAAAGGCAGUGUUUAGUAUAAACAUAGAGAAAUCUCUGAGCAACACACUUUGUAUCCAAAUUACUGUUCAGAAUUCCGUGCCUUUGUCUUGUCUUCGUCUCUCAGUGGCCCUUUAUGUAAACAAUUU